UAAACAUUGCAGGUGUAUGUGACUUUGCCCCCGGGUAUUCCCCACCUCCUCCACCUCCUCCUCUUCUUCCGCCACGUCCUUCCUUACCUGCCCGCCGCAGAGGGACGAUGUCCAACCUGCCGGAUGAUCCUGCUCUCUAUAAACUUCGCCGGAAACACCCAAGAAGUGAGAGGAAUAAAAAGUGAAUCACAAUACCGGAAUGUGGCACAAAAAAGUGUGCUGCUUGUUUCGUCUGAUGUUUUAGACGUUUUUAUAAAGUUUACCACCAUAGAAGAAGAUGUUUUCCUUCCUGCGCUCAGCCAGAGACCCCCCUCCUGAGAACAUCCACAUCUCCUCCCUGCCUCCCAGUAUUCCCACAGAUCAAGAGCCCGAACAAACUGGAGGACAAGGUGACAUGGUGGAAGAGAAAGCAGUGAUCAAGACCACACACACACACAGAGUCUCCGCACCGUCGGUCUUCCUCCAGAAACAGGAUAAUGAACCUGUUUCUAGUACUUACUUUGAUCAGAGGGUCCCUGUUCCUGAGGAAAACAGUGAGAUGGGGAUUAGUCUCCGUAAACUAUGGGCCUUCACCGGGCCGGGGUUUCUGAUGAGCAUAGCCUACCUGGACCCAGGUAACAUCGAGUCUGACCUGCAGUCUGGUGCUAAAGCUGGCUUCAAGCUCCUCUGGGUGCUGCUGGGAGCCACGAUCAUCGGUCUGCUGCUGCAGCGGCUGGCGGCUCGGCUGGGCGUCGUUACAGGGAUGCACCUGGCUGAAGUGUGCCACCGCCAGUACCACACUGUGCCUCGUAUUAUCCUGUGGUUAAUGGUGGAGCUGGCGAUCAUCGGCUCUGACAUGCAGGAGGUCAUCGGCUGUGCCAUCGCUUUCAACCUUCUCUCCUCUGACAGGAUCCCACUGUACGGUGGUGUCCUCAUUACCAUCAUUGAUACAUUUGUCUUUCUCUUCUUAGACAAGUAUGGCCUGAGGAAGCUGGAAGCCUUCUUUGGUUUGCUCAUUACCAUCAUGGCCGUCACCUUUGGAUAUGAGUAUGUGACAGUGAGUCCAGACCAAGGCCAGCUGUUGAAGGGGAUGUUUGUGCCAUACUGUGAGGGCUGUGGGCCUGUUCAGCUGGCGCAGGCCGUCGGCAUCGUGGGAGCCGUCAUCAUGCCUCACAAUAUUUACCUCCACUCUGCUCUUGUCAAGUCUCGAGAAGUCAACCGGUCGAACAAGAAAGAAGUAAAAGAGGCCAACAAAUAUUUCUUCAUUGAGGCGACCAUGGCGCUGUUUGUCUCUUUCCUCAUCAAUGUGUUUGUGGUGGCUGUUUUCGGCGAGGCUUUCUAUGGACGCACAAAUGUAGAGGUGUACAGCAUAUGCAAUCAAACAGGAAGUCCUCAUUCACAUCUAUUCCCUCUGGACAAUGCAACUCUAGAGGUGGACAUCUACAAAGGGGGAGUGGUGCUGGGCUGUUUCUUUGGCCCGGCAGCGCUGUACAUCUGGGCUGUGGGGAUCCUUGCAGCUGGUCAGAGCUCCACCAUGACUGGAACAUACUCCGGCCAGUUUGUUAUGGAGGGAUUUUUGAACCUGCGCUGGUCGCGUUUCGCUCGGGUGUUGUUGACCCGCUCCCUCGCCAUCACUCCCACCUUGCUGGUGGCCAUCUUCCAGGACGUGCGGCACCUGACAGGCAUGAACGACUUCCUCAAUGUGCUGCAGAGCAUGCAGUUGCCAUUUGCCCUCAUUCCCAUCCUCACUUUCACCAGUUUGUCAUCUCUCAUGAAUGAGUUUGCCAAUGGAUUAGUGUGUAAGAUCGGAGGAGGAGUGGUGAUCUUGUUCGUGUGUGCCAUUAACAUGUACUUCGUCGUGGUGUAUGUUACUGCACUGGACAGUGUGUGGCUGUAUGUGGUGGCAGCGUUCCUCUCCAUAGGAUACCUCACAUUUGUGGGAUAUUUGGUGUGGUUAUGUCUGAUAGCUCUGGGAGUGUCCUUCCUCGAUCCGAGCAGUGGGAGAGAGAAUGACACAACCAUCCUGAUCGAGCAGCAGCCAGAGUUUGACUCCUGAAUGGAAUCUGUGUUUCAGAGUUCAUUAACAUCACAAAUGCAGCUUUUAGCAACCUGCCUGACCUUUCACACACAGUGUCCUUGAGUGCAGAUUCAUUUAUACUAGACGUUUCAAAUGAAGUUUUGUAUGAAUGGUGCUAUAGAUAUUUUUAUUUAGUAAUCAAGAAUCUGUUAUUGUAAUUGUCUGUAUCCUUAGUACUGAUUAUACAAAACAAGAAUAGUUUUGCCAAACUGA